GUACUUGGAUACAGCGCGCCGAACAUUAUUUCGGGGAAACUGCCAAUUCCGACCCCUAUGGCUUGGUUGAAGGUGACAGUUACUGUGAGAAACAUAGGGUUAAUUAUAAGUCAUCCCAACCAGGAAAUGGAACGAUUGUUUUUCAAGGACCCCUGGGCUAGAUGUGAUGACAAGGUUGAUGACCCUGUUAUCAUCAGACAAACUCACCUACCAUGUCCAAUCUCAAUUCCAUCUGCCUCCCCCAUGGGAGUAUCUUGGUAUGGAACAAGCAGUACACAGAAGCGACCGCUUCAGAGUCAGACACCUAUCAGAAAUAUUGUCGAUGGGCUCUUUCUCUUUCUUCUUCUUCUUUCUGAAACCCUUUUACGACUUGCCCUUGCUGGAACCCUUCUGCAGUUGAUUCAUAUUCAAAACUUCUCUGGUUCAUGGUCACGAAAUUUGUUUAUGGCCUGAUUCAGUUGAGACCCUUUUGCAGUUGAUUCAUAUUCGAGGGUUCUCUGGUUCGCGGCUUCACGAAGUUUGUUUGUGACCCGAUUUGAUCGAAACCCUUUUUUGGAUUGUUCUUGACAGAACCCUUUUUCAGACUGUUCUUGACAAAAUUCUUUCACGAUCAUCAGUAAGUGUUUCACUCAGAAGUCUUUGUGAGAUAUUCUGGGUCUUG